AUGGUGCCAAAGCGUAUCUUCUCCGUUUACGCCAUCUCCUGCGCGCUCCUGUUACUCUGUUGGAACAUCGGAGAUGUGAACGGUCAGCCACCAAAGAGAGGACACGUAAAUGAACUCAUAAGACGGUUCGAGGUUCAGGGCAACGAAGACAGACAACAACGAGGCUCGAAUGAAAAUAAAUCGUUCGAAGGAGGUUCACAAGGGAUGCAAAAUCCCUUAAAUAGAGGACAAAACACUGCUAUGUAUGAAGAACCACAGCCAGGGACAUCAUACGGCCCCAUGCGUAGCAGCAAUGCCCUUCCCACAGAGACAAGGUCAUUCAGCGUAGACAACUAUUCGGAGGAUGACUCUGACGAGGAUAAUGACUACGGGGGUAACCUCGGAAAUGUUUACGAGCGUGACUAUCGCAGCGAUCAGCAGAAUCAGCGUGGUAACUCUCAUCAAAUAAGGCAAACAUACAACCAAGCAGAGGAAGAUGGAAGAAUGAGCCCAAAGGGUAAUGUUUAUUUAGGCAAAGAUUUCGAAAAUUUUAACAAAAGGUUAGGACUUAGUAUGGACGACUACAUGAGCGAUACGGAGGACUAUUCAUUCGACAGCUCAAAUAACAGUAGUGACGUUCGAAGUAACGAAUCCAAUGCAUAUGAUGCCGACAGGUCUUCCAUUUAUGAGGACAUUCAAUUUGUGAAACGAAGAGACAAUAGACAGCCAAAUGAUGAUAUGCAUCUUGCAAGGAUGGAUGGAAGACGAAAUGCUAUACAUCACAGCAGUGACAGUGGUGCACAAGUAUCACCCCCACGCGAAAGUGGAAGAGUGAGGGAUCCCAGCAGUGAUGUGUAUGACUAUGCGUAUGGAAGGAAUGGCUCAAAUAGGUCAGCACCUCUCAAUCCUUAUUCCUACCCACAGGAGGACUUCAACCGACGAACACUUCCUCCAACAGAGAACAAGAAAUCAAUGAGAACCUCAAGUUUACCCUUACAGUACGAUUAUAGCAUGCCUUUAGACAAUUACUCAAAUAGUUAUAAUUCCAGCAAUAAUAUUUAUAGUGUAAUCCCCGGAGAGGAGCAAUACGAAGAUGAAAUAAGUCAAACAAGAACAACACCAGGGUACAGUUCUUUGGAUAAUACCACACGCCUCGAUCGUAAUGGAGUACUCCCAGUCAGAGGGGUUAAAAAAUCGGCUUCUUCUUAUGAUCCAGAGAGUAGAAAAAGUAGGACGGGUGGUUUUUUCAACAAAUUUAGGAAAAGCAAGAAGGUGGACGUUUCUAAAGGAGUGUCCACGCAGCAGGGUUUGAAAGAUGGCAGACAAGAUUCAAAGUCACCGAGUUUAAUCACCCUGUUUAGCACCUACCAGAGAGAUCUUUUUCUGCAUAAAUAUAGCAAACCGUCUGGCAAUAUCGGCGGUAAUGUUAGUGGCAAUGUCAAUACCAGUAGUAGCACUGGCCUGAAGAGGCUCUUUUCACGAAGUGGCACGGACGCUAGGCUGUCCAUAACGGGGGAGUUACAAAUGGCCGCGGAACAGUGCAUAGCCAAAAAUAGGAGUAAGCUAACCAGGCCCGUGCUCAUGAAGAACUUAGCUUUUAACAAUUCAGACUUGUUAAGGAAUUAUGAAUACGCCGUUUCGUACAUUUUGGAGAAUUGCAAAAAUGGCAACUCUGCCUGUUUAAAUAUCAGGCCCAUGACAUAUAGCGAGCUCAAUCCGGACGUAGCCAGCAUAGUCACUUCAUUACCUAACAUAUACAUUUUGAGUACAUACGAAUUUCUACUAACCAAUUUGAGAAUGUGUGGGUCGUUCAGAACGAUGGUAAAGAACAGGGUAAAGGAGAAUAAGCUGACCCCAACGGACAUUGUCUUGUUACUCUCUAGCGCGCACUUCAAAAGUUGGGUGAACCAAAUCUUAGUUAAACACUUGGCAUCAUUCCUUAUGACGAAGAAGGCAGUGCAUCUGGAGAAGUACUUUCUAUCGGUUGUGAUUUCCCUUACCCCCUUCAUCAAGCCCGCACUGAAAAUUUACUUUGGUGAGCGUUACGCAAAAUUAAGUACGUAUAGUCUAGAUGUAGAAAUGAACAAAAUGAUUAGUGAAAUGUUGGAUGUGGCUCUCCGCUGGACUCAGGCAUUUCAACACAAGUUCUCAGACGAAAGCAAUAAGAUCCUUUUGAAGGUACACAAAGAAUUAGCGUCUUAUUCUAAAAGCAGAAAUGGGAGGUUGUCCGGGAAAUUCAGAACCUUGGAGGCACUCCUGCUUAGGCAGAAGCUGGCCAGCGACGUGACGAAUAACCAGGACCAAGGGUAUCGCCUCUUAAUCCAGCAUGUUUUGAAAUACGUGCAGAAUGUGCACUUCGCCGUUUUGGAGUAG